AUGGAUUCUGGUUCGCCUCGUUCUCGCAUCGAUCAGUUCUUUGCUUCUAAAAAGAAGAGGAAGACUUUAUCACCGCCUUUGAAAUCUGGGAGAUCAGAAAAAGAAGCAAAAGUUAAAAUUGAAGGUUCUCCUAGUGCCAAAGGUUCGUUGGAAAGUUUUUUGGUGACUUCACAAGAUGGUGAUUUGCAUACUAAGCCUUUGAACACUGCUCUUGAUCCAAAGGCUAAGCAGGUUCCAACCAAGAGAAAUCUGACAUUGGAGAUUGGCUUGUCAUCUAAAGAUGGAAAUAACGAGGCAAAUCUCUCAUGCCAAGCACACCCACAAAGUCUUGAAGCUUUUCAAGAGGAUCAAAGGGGAAAAUCUAAAGUCUUGUUUGAUACUGUUGGUGUUGCAACAAGAGAUUUUCAAAAGGAUUCAUCAGAGUCCAAGAUUGUUGCGGGAAACUCUGAGCUUAAGCAGUUCGCAAAUGAUUUUUUGUCACUGUAUUGCAGUGAAGUACCAUCUACUGCGGGAGUACAAUCAGAACCGAAUGUGGCCAUGAAUAAAAGGCAGGAAGAUAAAUCCUCAAAGAGAAAGCAUCUUAGGAAUGAUGGGAAUCAGUCUAUUGUCGAGCGCAAUGUCACUUCCUCAGACGAUAAGAAUCUUGUCAAUACUCAGUCAAUUAUUGUUAGUGAAUCAGGAGAUGUGGAUUCAAAAUAUUCUCAGGAGGUUAUUGUAUGUAAAAACCCCAUCGAACUGCAAGCAAGUUUGAGAAAAUGCCGUGUCGCAUCUGCUCUUUGCACAACUGCGUGUGACACACCUGGUUCAUUGACUAUGAAACUUGGAGCUCGUCAAACUCCCCAGACAACGAGAGGAAGCUCUAUAUUUUCCCCGGGAGAAGAAUUUUGGAAUGAGGCAAUUGUAGUCGCUGAUGGUCUCUUUGCUUCAAAGGACAGUGUUUCUUCUCAUGUAGCUGAAAAUACUGAAGCUUUUCUAGCUGGUUAUGAGAUGAAUAACUCAAAUAAUGUGAAAAAUGGAGGAUCUUGCAAUCCACUCAACAAAGCGUUGAACAGAGAUACAGAACGAAUUUCUGCUGUAGGCUCACUGGGGAAGCAUGGAAAAGAUCUAAAUAAAGAAGUGUCACCUUUGCCUGUCAAGCAUUUUGACUUCUCUUCUGAGGAAAAAAAAUUGGAUGCAGAAACUUCUUCUGAUGAUAAUAAUACCAAACCUUGCACUCUUAGAGAUGAACAAAAGAGACAUGCUUCUACAAGUCAUCAUGGUUUGCAUAACAAUAAUGGUAGGGAUAUUUGCUGCAAAGUUCAAACAAACAAAAUUUCUCCUGUUGGACAAGGGGUGACCACUACAUGUGCCAUUUCCCAGAGAAAUGUGGAAUUUGCGAUUCAAAAUAGUGGCAAUUUUACGUCUGAUACACCAGAGAAAGAAUGCAGUAAAUUUUCUGUUAAUCAUGAAAUCAACAGCAAUAUUACUCCAUCAAGUUUUACUUCGAUUAAGGAUUGGAUGGAUCUCAGCAAUUGGCUACCACUUGAAAUAUGCUGCAUAUACAAGAAAAAGGGAAUAUCGAAAUUGUACCCUUGGCAGGUUGAUUGCCUUCGGGUGGAUGGUGUCUUGCAGAACAGGAAUCUUGUUUACUGUGCAUCUACAAGUGCUGGUAAAAGUUUUGUUGCUGAAGUAUUAAUGCUAAGGAGAGUCGUAUCAACUGCAAAGAUGGCUCUUCUUGUACUCCCAUAUGUGUCUAUAUGUGCAGAAAAGGCAGAACAUCUUGAAGUUCUUUUGCAACCACUUGAUAAGCACGUUCGCAGUUAUUAUGGGAAUCAAGGUGGUGGAACUCUUCCGAAGGAUACCUCUGUAGCUGUCUGCACUAUUGAGAAGGCAAAUUCUUUAAUUAACAGAUUACUAGAGGAGGGUCGUCUAUCGGAGCUUGGUAUCAUUGUCAUUGAUGAACUGCACAUGGUUGGUGACCAGAGUAGGGGCUAUUUGUUGGAACUCAUGCUGACAAAGCUUGGUUAUGCUGCUGGUGAAGGCAAUGUAGAAUCAUCUAGUGGAGAAAAUUCAAGUAUGAGCAGUGGGAAAUCCGAUACUGCUCAUGGUCUCCAAAUUGUUGGCAUGAGUGCAACGUUACCAAAUGUCGCUGCAGUUGCUGAUUGGCUUCAAGCAGCUCUCUACCAGACAGACUUUCGGCCUGUUCCAUUGGAGGAGUACAUUAAAGUUGGUAACACAAUUUACAACAAAGAAAUGGAACUUGUCAGGACACUCCCCAAAGUGGCUGAGCUUGGUGGUAAAGAUCCAGAUCAAAUUGUAGAACUAUGCAACGAGGUUGUUCAAGAGGGUCACUUGGUGCUAAUAUUUUGUUCAAGUAGAAAAGGAUGUGAAUCAACUGCUAGGCAUGUUGCAAAAUACCUCAAAAAGUUUUCUGUCAGUCCCCAUGAUGGCCAUAGUGAGUCAAUCGAUGUUACUUUCGCUAUUGAUGCCUUGCGAAGAUCUCCUGCAGGGUUGGAUCCUGUACUAGAAGAAACUCUUCCACUUGGUGUUGCCUACCAUCAUGCUGGCCUCACAGUUGAGGAAAGAGAAACUGUCGAAACCUGUUACCGCAAAGGACUUGUACGUGUAUUAACUGCUACAUCAACCUUAGCUGCCGGGGUUAACUUGCCUGCCCGGAGAGUUAUUUUCAGACAACCCCGUAUAGGCCGCGAUUUUAUUGAUGGGACAAGGUAUAAGCAGAUGGCUGGAAGGGCUGGUCGAACUGGCAUAGACACAAAGGGAGAGAGUGUACUACUUUGCAAGCCAGAGGAAGUCAAGAGAAUAAUUGCACUCCUUAAUGACGGCUGUCCACCACUGCACUCUUGUUUGUCUGAUGAUAAGAAUGGGAUGACGCACGCAAUAUUGGAGGUUGUUGCUGGUGGAAUUGUUCAAAGUGCUAGCGAUAUUAAUCGUUAUGUUAGGUGUACUCUUCUCAAUUCAACAAAACCCUUUGAAGAUGUGGUGAAAUCAGCACAGGACUCUCUUCGUUGGUUAUGCCAUAAGAAGUUCCUAGAAUGGAGUGAAGAGACUAAGUUAUAUACCACUACACCUCUAGGCCGUGCAUCUUUUGGCAGUUCUCUCAGUCCAGAGGAAUCACUUAUUGUGCUGGAUGAUCUGAUACGAGCAAGAGAAGGAUUUGUGCUUGCAUCUGAUUUGCAUUUGGUAUACUUGGUGACACCCAUUAAUGUUGAUUUGGAACCAGAUUGGGAGUUGUAUUAUGAGAGAUUCAUGCAACUACCUUGUAUAGACCAGUCAGUUGGCAAUAGAGUUGGAGUGCAAGAACAAUUUUUAAUGCGCAUGGCUCAUGGAGCACCAAUUCGCACCUCACACAGAUCAAGGGAUAACUUGAAAGGGUUACAGGGAAGAUAUGAUCAUAGACAUGGGAUACCAUCCCAUGGUAUGCUCUCAGACGAUCAAAUGCUUCGGGUGUGCAGACGGUUCUAUGUUGCUCUUAUCUUGUCACGACUUGUUCAGGAAGUCCCUGUUGCUGAAGUUUGUGAAGCUUUUAAAGUAGCAAGAGGCAUGGUUCAAGCCUUACAAGAAAAUGCUGGAAGGUUUGCGUCUAUGGUUAGUGUAUUCUGUGAGAGGCUUUCUUGGCAUGACCUUGAGGGCUUAGUUGCCAAAUUCCAAAAUCGCGUUUCAUUUGGAGUUCGAGCAGAGAUUGUAGAGCUCACUACCAUUCCUUACAUUAAGGGUUCACGAGCUAGAGCACUUUAUAAGGCUGGUUUACGAACACCUCAAGCAAUUGCUGAAGCAUCAGUUCCUGAAAUUGUCAAAGUGCUUUUCGAGAUUUCAUCUUGGGCUGCACAAAGCUCAGCACAACGGAGGAUACAGUUGGGAGUUGCUAAGAAGAUUAAAAACGGUGCACGCAAAAUUGUUCUUGAUAAAGCUGAAGAGGCAAGGGUUGCUGCUUUCUCAGCCUUUAAAUCUCUUGGACUUGAAGUUCCAGAGUUUUCUCGACCAUUACUAUCCACUGUUUCUGGAGAUGGCCCUAAAAAGGAAUCGGCAACUUUUUCUGGUGAGGAGUCCACCAGUAGCUUUGUUGAUCUAGAUCAUAGGGAGAAUGUUUUAGACGCAUCGUCGUUCGAGGAAAAGAGGAAGACUGGUGGAGUUAUUUCCGAAACUGAGGAAGGUAAAUCAACAGAGACUCCCACCGUCGGUUUAGCAUCUUCAGUGAAAGGAAAUCCAGCAGGCACCUCGCAUGGUGAACUUGUGGAGAAGCCUGCUUUGCUUGAGGAAGGGGUUAAUACUCUGGGUGAUGGGCUUUAUAGGACUACUCAACAUAUUAAUGCUGCAAAUACAUCAUCUCUUUGGUCAACAGACGUUGGCAAUAAAAGAAAUGAAUCCAAUGUGCAUGUUGAUAAUGGAGGGCAGCAACAGCCUGAGAGAGAAAACAUGUUCAGGGGAACCAGAGAAAAUGAAUUAGAGAAGGGUCCUGUAAAUGCAACUAGUUUUUCUGGUGGAUUUGAUUCUUUUUUAGAUCUCUGGGAUGCUAGUGGAGAGUUCUACUUCGAUAUUCAUUUUACCAAAAGAUCUGAACUGAACUCCAUUGUGCCAUUCGAAAUACAUGGCAUGGCAGUUUGCUGGGAAGAUUCUCCAGUGUAUUACUUGACUUUUCCCAAGGAUUUACUCCGGUGUAACAGCAGAAGAAAUGAUCACACUACUGAGGAUAGUAAAUAUGUUCUACCACCAAAGGAUCAGAUGGAGAUAGCUAAGGAACGAUGGAACAGGAUUGGGAUUAUAAUGGGGAAAAAGGAUGUAAAAAAAUUUACGUGGAACUUAAAAUUUCAGAUUCAGGUGCUUAAGAGGCCUGCGGUUUCUGUUCACAGAUCAAGCAGCAUGCACGCUGGAGUUAAAACUCUAAGUCUGGAUCUUAUCGAGAAUUCAUACUAUAUGUUAUCCCCCAUUCACGUACAAAAUGCAGUCGAUAUGUGUAUAGUAGCAUGGAUCCUUUCACCAGAUGAGGAGAAAAGUUCAAAUCCUAGUUUGGAGAAGGAAGUUAAGAAACGGUUAUCCAGUGAGGCUGCUGCAGCUGCUAAUCGGAAUGGUAGAUGGAAUAAUCAGAUGCGAAGAGCGGCACAUAAUGGUUGCUGUCGUCGAGCUGCACAAACACGAGCACUGUAUUCUGUUCUCUGGAAGUUACUAGUUUCUGAAGAACUAAUUGAAACACUCAUGACUACUGAAAUUCCAUUGGUCAAUGUUCUUGCUGAUAUGGAGAUAUGUGGAAUAGGUGUUGACAUGGAGAGAUGUCUUAGGGCACGGCAUAUUCUACGAAUUAAACUUAAGUUUCUUGAGAAGGAAGCUUAUCAAUUGGCUGGCAUGAAAUUUUCGUUGUCAAUGUCAGCGGACAUAGCCAAUGUCCUAUAUGGACACUUAAAACUGCCUAAACCAGAAGGGUACGAAGGGAAACAACACCCUAGCACUGACAAACAUUGCUUGGAUAUGCUGAGGAAUGAGCAUCCCAUUGUCCCGGUAAUCAAAGAGCACCGAACCUUGGCAAAGCUCUUGAAUUCUACUCUGGGAUCCAUAUGUUCACUUGCUAGGCUUUCCAUGAGGACACAGAAGUACACUUUGCAUGGUCAUUGGCUUCAGACAUCAACAGCAACUGGGAGACUGUCGAUGGAGGAACCGAAUCUCCAGUGUGUUGAGCAUAUGGUUGAAUUCAAAAUAAAUAACAACGACAAGGAUGAUGAUGAAUCAGGUUCUGGUCAUUAUAAGAUUAAUGCUCGAGAUUUUUUUGUACCCACUCAGGAUGAUUGGUUACUUCUAACGGCAGAUUAUUCACAGAUAGAAUUAAGAAUGAUGGCCCAUUUCUCUAAAGAUUCUUUGUUGGUUGAGCUACUAAGUGAUCCCCAGGGAGAUGUCUUUACAAUGAUUGCUGCAAAAUGGAAAGGGAAAGAUACCUGUGAUGUUACUUCACAAGAGCGAAACCAAACAAAAAGAUUGGUUUAUGGCAUUCUCUAUGGAAUGGGACCUAACACCCUCGCAGAACAGUUGGACUGCAGUUCGAAUGAAGCUGCAGAAAAAAUUCAAACCUUCAAACAAUCUUUUCCUGGUGUUGCUUCCUGGCUCCAGGAAGCAGUAAAAUCCUGCCAUAAGAAAGGUUUUAUCAAGACCCUCAAGGGACGAAAACGCUUCUUGACAAAAAUAAAGUUUGGAAACAGUAAAGAAAAAUCCAAAGCUCAGAGACAAGCUGUGAAUUCUAUUUGUCAGGGAUCUGCUGCUGACAUAAUCAAAAUUGCUAUGAUAAAUAUACAUUCUGUUAUUGUUGAGGAUGCUGAAGCGUCUCAUCCUAGUUCUGUAUUUGCUGAAAAAUAUUAUAUGCUGAAAGGACGCUGCCGAUUACUUCUACAGGUACAUGAUGAACUUGUACUGGAAGCUGAUCCUUCAGUUGUAAAGGAAGCUGGGUUGUUGCUGCAAACUAGUAUGGAAAAUGCCGUGUCACUUCUUGUUCCUUUGCCUGUCAAAUUGAAAGUUGGCAGAACAUGGGGAUCUUUGGAGCCUUUCAUACCUGAGAACUGCAACGAUGAUGUAACACUGCCUGGUUCUUAG